AUGAACUCAGCCCUCGCCUGCGGCGGCAGGGCAGCAGCAGCAGCAGCAGCAGCAGCAGCAACAGCAGCAGCAGCAGCAGCAGCAGCAACAGCUGUCACUGGCUCAACUGCAACACCGCGACCCUCCCAAGCUGCAGCAACAGCAGCAGCAGCAACAGCAGCAACAGCAGCAGCAACAACAGCAGCAGCAGCAGCAGCAGCAGCAGCGCCGCUGCCACCCCUAGUCAGAGCCCUAGCAGCUCCGUGCGAGUUAUACACACCCCGAAGUAGGGGGCCCCUUCAGGGGGCCCCCGGGGGCCCCCUUCAUGGGGCCCCCCCAGGGGGCCCCCUAGGGCCCCUGCAGCAGCAGGUACUGACAGCUGGUUGGGGUGUUAGCAGCAGCAGCAGGGCCCCCAGCAGCAGACUGCAGCGCUUCUAUUACUCUUCGCUGCAGCAGCAGCAUUUGUUGCCUCUCUCUGCUGCUGCAGCAACAGCAGCAGCAGCAGCAACAGCAGCAGCAACUGCAGCAGGAAGCAGCAGCAGGCAUGUUGAGCGGGGAGCUACUCAGAUGCUGCUGCAGCUGCAGCGGCACUCUCAGCUGCAGCAGCAGCAGCACCAGCAGCAGCACGUGCUGCAGCAACUACUGCAGCAGCAGCAGCAGCAACAGCAGUUUUUAUUUUGCUUGUCAUCCGUCUCUAACAACCAAUAUCGCUUCCUAAGCAGUGCAGCAGCAGCAGCAGCAGCAGCAGCAGCAGCAGCAGCAACAGAACCAGCAGCAGCAGCAGCAGCACAAACCCGGAGCCCCUCUUCAACCCCAUCUGAGAGCACAGCAUCUCCCCACCCACCCAAGCAGCAGCAGCAGCAGCAGCAGCAGCAGCAGCAGCAGCACCAGCACAAGCAAGAGGAGCCGAAGGGGCCCCACAGGAGACCAGCAGCAGGGGUGGGGGGGGGCCCCCGGGGGGCCCCCCGGGGUUCAGCAGCAAAGACAGGGUUUAUAAAAACAGCAGCAAAACAAAUUAAAAAAAUUACACAGAAACUACUCAAACUCCUCUGGCGGUAA